CAAAUCAAGAUGGCGGCAUUUCCAGAAAAGAGUGUCGGGGCAUGAGGAAUAAUAAUAAAAACAUUAUUUCAUACUGGGCUUUUUUUCCUUCAGACGCCCGAUUCUGCAGUUGUUAGUACAUGAAAGAUGGCAGAGGAGCGAAAGCAGAAGCAGUGUGUGACGGUGCUGCCCACCGAGUCCAUGAAGGCCAUGGCUGAGUCGGUGGGGGUGUCACAGCUGCAGGAGGAGUCCUGCCUGGCCCUGAGCGAGGAGGUCAGCUACCGCAUCAAGGAGAUUGCUCAGGAUGCGCUGAAAUUCAUGCAUCAUGGGAAGAGGCGCAAACUGACAACAAGCGACAUCGACUAUGCCCUGAAGCUGAAGAAUGUGGAGCCGCUGUAUGGGUUCCAGUCCCAGGAGUUUAUCCCCUUCCGUUUUGCCAGUGGAGGCGGCAGAGAGCUGCACUUCUAUGAGGAGAAGGAGGUGGACCUGAGUGACAUCAUCAACACGCCCCUUCCCCGGGUGCCACUGGAUGUGUCGAUGAAAGCUCAUUGGCUGAGCAUUGAAGGUGUCCAGCCAGCCAUCCCAGAGAACCCGCCACCAGCACCAAAAGAGCAGCAAAAGGCUGAGUCUACAGAACCUCUCAAGGCCGUGAAGCCCGGACAGGAAGAGGAGGGGCAGAUUCAGGGCAAAGGUCAAGGAGCGACAACUGCAGAGGCUAAAGGAAAGGAAAAGUGUGUGUUGCGAUUGAAGCCACGCAGUACCCAUGAGCUGUCCGUGGAGCAGCAGCUCUACUACAAGGAGAUCACCGAGGCCUGUGUGGGCUCCUGUGAGGCUAAGAGAGCUGAGGCCCUGCAGAGCAUCGCCACUGACCCUGGGCUGUACCAGAUGCUGCCACGGUUCAGCACUUUCAUCUCGGAAGGGGUGCGUGUUAAUGUGGUCCAGAAUAACCUGGCGCUGCUCAUCUACCUGAUGAGGAUGGUGAAGGCACUGAUGGACAACCCCACUCUCUACCUGGAGAAAUACCUCCAUGAGUUGAUCCCGGCGGUGGUGACGUGUAUUGUCAGUAAGCAGUUGUGCUUGCGGCCAGACGUGGACAAUCACUGGGCGCUGCGAGACUUCGCCGCCAGGCUCAUGGCCCAGAGCUGCAAGACCUUCAGCACCACCACCAACAACAUCCAGUCCAGGAUCACAAAGACGUUCACCAAGAGUUUGCUGGAUGACAAGACGCAGUGGACCACGCGCUACGGCUGCAUCGCAGGGCUGGCUGAGCUGGGCCCUGAUGUGAUCAAGACUCUGAUCAUUCAGAGACUGCAAGUGGAGGGGGCCCGCAUCAAGGCCGUGAUGGAGGGGCCCGUCGUCAGCAACAUCGACAAAAUCGGGGCAGAGCACGUGCAGAGCCUGCUGCUGAAACACUGCGCAAGUGUGAUUGCGAAGACACGGCCACUUCCCGAUAACCCAGACCAGUAUCGCACUGACUAUGGCUACCUCGGGUCGCUGCUGUGCUCCCAUGUGGUGAAGGCCAGGGCGCAGGCCGCCAUGCAGGCCCAGCAGGUCAACCGCACCACACUGACCAUCACACAGCCUCGGCCCACUCUCACCUUGUCUCAGAGCGGCUCCGGCGGGGGCGUCUCUCGCUCCCCCAGUAUAAUCAAGGUGCCCAGCUCCCUCACGCUGCCAGUCCAGACGCUGGUGUCAGCUCGCCCCUCCACGCCAACGCAGCCUUCCCCUCCUCCCAAGUUCAUCGUAAUGUCAUCUAGCGCUGGCUCUGCGCAACAGGUGAUCACUCUCAGCUCGUCCCAGUCUGGCAGCAGCUCCUCUCCCAUCACCAGCACGGUUCCCAGUUCCUCGUCAGGCCUGCAGCCACUGGUCAAACUGGAGACUAGUGGGGGCGCCGGGGGGACAGGAGUAGGGGGUGUGUCCGGUACUGGGGCUGGGGCAGGCUCCCGCACAGUGCAGAAAUACAUUGUGGUCUCUCUUCCUUCCUCCUCUUCCUCGGAGGUCAAAGGUCUGAACGCCAGCCUGAGUUCCCCCUCCCCCUCACCCACUCCCACAGCCUCCCUCACCUCUUCCUCUGGCGCCCUGCCCUCCCUGGAGCCCACUGUCAAGCUGGAGAGAGCAGACUCCCCGGGGGCCAGUACGCACUCCCCCCACUGAAUGGACUCUUCUAGAGCCAGAAGGUGCCACUCCCCCCACUGAGAGAAUGGACUCUUCCAGAGCCAGAGUUUGCCACUCCCGCCACUGAGAGAAUGGACUCUUCCAGAGCCAGAGUUUGCCACUCCCCCCACUGAGAGAAUGGACUCUUCCAGAGCUAGAGUUUGCCACUCCAAGGAGAGAAUGGACUUUUCCAGAGCCAGAGUUUGCCGCUCCCCUCACUGAGAGCAUGGACUUCUCUAGGGUGUCUGCCUCUUCUUGAGAGAGGAUCAGGGGUGUAAGUGCUUUACAUGAAAGUGCAUGGAGGACAGAAAAGAAUUGGGAGUGGGGGUGACAUGGGAGAGAUGGCUUGCGUGUAUGGGCGGAUGGGACAGAGAAGGCGGAUAUGUACGUUCACUUUCCAUAUAAAUGGGGGGUGGGUGGGUAAUCAUGGUUGGGUUGCAGGUAAUCAUGAGCAGCUCACAUUGAGAAGCAGGUGGCACUGCCCUCCUCUUCCCACAGUAACAAAACCACAUGAAGAAGUUGCAAAGUGUUAGGUGCCUUUCCCGGUGCUAAUCAUAAAGUCCUUGCAGGCAAGAGAGGUGUUUUUGUAUGACUUUGUAACAUCAGGGUUAGAAGAAAAUGUAGCAAACACUGUAUGAAUACAGUCUGUUGAAAGACCAAGAGGGGAGAGAAAAUUAUAUCUAACUCAAAGAUUACAGAACCCCUUUACUGUCACCCUGGGCAUUCAUUUCCUUCAAAUUGUCACUGAAGUCAACAUGUUUUUUUAAUAUUGUGUAAUAAAGUUGGACUGUUUUUAUUUACUAGAA